AUGCCAUGGAGACAAUGGCCAAGGUGUGGUUUAGGCUGGUUGUGUAUUCUUCUGGUCAUCUGUUGCUCAGUUACCGUGGUUUCAUCGUACUGUGUAGCGCUUUCGUAUGGACAUAUUUAUCCGUUUCUUCCCGCUAUCAGCGAGACUGGAGUUUUAUUUCCUGAAAAGUACGUUUUCAGGGAGUUGGCGAAUCUAUCGGCGUUUCUUUUCAUUUCCAAUGCGUUCGUCCGUUUUAUGCAGUAUAAACUCGUGGCGGAGCAGUACCCGGAAGACAAUGUCAAGCUUCAUCGUCUCAAUAAACUGGCGUUCGUGGUGGCUAUUUUAGCCGGACUUGGAAUGACAUUGGUAGCUAAUUUUGAAAUUGAGAAGGUAUUUUCCAAACUAAAAUUUGCCGUUUCUUUACUCUGUAAAGAAACCAAACCAAAGUAAAUGGAACCAUGAGCGGUACGCUGAGGGGGUGGGGGAGAGUUUCACUUCAGAUUCUUGAACAUUUUAUGACUUCACUGCUCCAGAGUCUUUGUUCAGUUAGAGAUCGCAAAUGACAUCACUCUAAAAAGUAUCCAAUCCAAACGCAAACGGAACCAUGUGCUUGGCGAAGGGGGUGGGGGAGGGAUUUCACUUCAGAGUCUUAAACACUUUGACGUCAUUUCUCCCUAGUUUCUGUUCAGUUAGAGAUCGCAGAUGACGUCAACAUGCAGUGAGAACAACCAAAUAGGCCCAAGGACCGCAGGCGAGUGUGUAAAAUAGCGCGCACUUUAAAAAACUGUCAUUUAACAUUGUUUGACCCCUUUAUUCUGGAGAGGUUUGUGGGAAUAUAAUGUGAGAAUGCCCCAACGGGGAAAAUUGCGCCAUAAUUCAUCCAUUUCCACUAACGAUGAUGAAAUACACUAUAGCUCUCAGCCAGUGGCGGCUGUUACAGUUGCGCCCGCAAUCAAAUAUUCUUUUGUUGUAUAAAGGAAUGCAAGCGAGGCUCAAUGACUUGGCAUCUACCGUCACGGGUAACAAGUGUAAUGAAACACACGACACUUGACAUUACGCAAACAAGGCUUGCGUUUUGCUAGCCAGGUACAAAAAUACUAACGUUGUUUCCCUUUUUUAAGGACUGGUCGAUCCACGACGUCGGUGCUAUGACGGCGUUUAUCAGCGGUCUCACAUUCUGCUGGUUACAAUGCGCAAUGUCGUAUAAGCUAAAAGACCACGGUGUCAUCAACAGCUCAGCGGUAUGCCAUUCAAGAGCCAUGCUCUCGCUAAUGAUAACGCUGUGCGUGGUGAUAUUCGCAGCUUUCCAGACCAAAGCGAACCUGGAGUGGGCCUUGGCCCGGCCUCGAUAUCAUUUUUUAGCCAAACUCAAGUGGGGUCCUCAAGAUCCCGGAUAUUUAUUUCACGUGAUCUCUAGUCUUGCUGAGUGGAGCAUGUGCGGAGGAAUGCUUUUGUUUAUGUUGACGUUCACAUACGAGUUUCAACAGAUAGUAAUAACUUCGGAUAUUUCAUCAACUGAAUACUGGUAA